AUGACCAGCCCCUGGAUGAAGCAACAAUUGAUGUUACUGUCCUUGAGGCAGGUAUAUAUUACACCUCUAGAAUCUAACCAAAUACCUGAGUCCAUCGAAAUCACUCACGAUAGUCUAUCAUAUCGCAUCUUCUUAUCGCUAGACAGUCAGAAAUGUUUUAAAUGUAAACUUUCUGGUCAUAUUGCUUCACACUGUCCUUCUGUAAACAACACACCACUGACAAAUAACAGCAACACACAAUAUAGUCAGCCAGAAAUUUCAGCCACCGAAACCACUCAAAGGAUAGAACAGAAUCAUAGCAAAACAACAGUUUUUCUCCCUUCAUCUCAACCAAGCAACAAGGAAAUACCAGUACAGACAUCCAACACCUCACAUGAACCACGAAGCUCCAUGCCGCAAAGAAAGUUCGCAGAAGUUUCGGAUUAUUUUCACAUAAUAGGCCGUUCAAAUUGCUUGCUACAUAAAAAAGCUUUGACAAAUCCUAUUUCUACAUUCAAGAGUCAACGGGUCGAGAGCGCUCCGGAACGGGAAGGGAUAGUGUUCACCUCGCCGAAACGAGUGAAAGAAGUUAAAGAGGAUUUUCGACGCUACAACUGGAACAACUCGAUAAGAGAAGAAUGGGAGGAAAACCUGCUUCUUUCCAACUCAAUCCUGUUAGGAACAAAGAAACCUUUUCCCUUAAAACAUUGCGUGAAAGACAUUUUCGAUAAGAGACCUACAGUGGACAGAAUGUUCGCUUCGACAUCACAAAGAAAUGAUGAUGGUUUGCGGGCGUCUUACAAUAUCUCGUUACUUAUAGCAAAAUCCGGAAAACCGCAUACUAUCGGAGAGAAGUUAAUUUUGCCUGCCGUUGAAGAGGUUUUAAAAACUGUUUUACACAAACCUGCAUCUGAUAUCAUUAAAACAAUUCCCUUAAGCAACAAUACUGUUGAAAGACGUACUGAUGAAAUGAGUUCUGAUAUUGAAAGCUUCUUAUGUAGUUAUUUGCAAACGACCCAUUUCUCUAUACAACUGGACGAGUCAACUUUACCUGAUAAUGCAGCAUUAUUAUUGGCAUAUGUUCGUUUUAUUAUGAAUCAAGAAAUCUACGAAGAACUGCUCUUCGCAAGAACUUUGAUAACCGACACUCAAGGUGAAUCAAUAUUUUAUGUUUUGAAGGAUUACUUCAUUGAAAAAGCAAUUCCUUUAUCAAAUAUAAUAUCAGUAGCUACAGAUGGAGCACCUGCCAUGCACGAGAUACAAGAUAAAGAGAAACAUAUAAUUAGAUUAACGAAGAAGGCCAAGGAUUUUGAAGAAGAUGUUUUUGAAUCUGAACAAAGUUUCAUAGAGGAGCAAAAUUCUUUUAAAGACCAAUUGAAAAACCAAAAAGAAAGAAUGUGUACACUACAAAAAGAAAUAGUCGACGCAGAAGAGAAGAACAAAAACCUUCAGAAACAGAUGGACAGUUAUGAACAAAUGACAAAAGACAUGCAAACAGAGAUGACGAAGCUAAAAAAUAUUCAUGCCGAUAUGCUGAAAACCAUUAGUCUUUUGGAAGAAACAAACAAUGCAUACUCAAGGAAAAUAGGCGAAUUAGAAGAAAGAACAAAAGAAGACAGGUGUCGAUUGUCGGAGAACACUGAAGGAAAUGCCAACGAUCAACAGAAUAUAUUAGACGAUAGGGAUAAACAGCUGACUGAGGAAAAUGUAUCUUUGUAUGAUGAACUUUUUAAACAAUCCAGGAACAGUGCGAAGACUUCCAAGAAACUGCUCAUUGUGGGCGAUCAAUUGGCCAGAAACUGCGCUAGAGUCUUACAUAAUUCAAUGAAGAGCAUAGGCUAUAUAGUUGAAGGAAUUGUUAAGCCCAACACAGAGGCUGCAAAUAUCACAAGUAAUAUUUUCACUCAAACUAUGGAUCAUGGACAAAGUGACUAUCACAAAAAACAUAAGCAACCACAAAACAUUGAACAGUUUUCUUAG